UGACAGCAACUCCAAGAGAAAUUCCAAACGGAAGAAGGCAACACCUCAGUUAUAGAGUAUGUCUUUGCUUUGAUCCCUAAACUAAGUAAUUAAAUAAAUAAAUAUGAUUAGGCAAUUAAACAAAUGACUAAUCAAUAAACAGAACAGCUAGUAAAUGUCAUCCACGCCCUUCUUCCCUCGCCUUAAAAGAAAUCCCUUCCCACGCCUCCCCUUUCUCCUUACUCGAGACCUUCGCCUGCAACAAACAAAAGCAGAGGAGAAUUUUUGAGUGAAGUGUUGUUGAUCGAUAUAGAGAAGCGUGUAUCAGCUAUGUCAAAUAUCACAGGAGACGGUGGAAGCUUCUGUUCCGGGAACAAGUCAGCCGGAGAAGAUGACGCCCACAAACAAAGCUACAUGCUGUAUAACCCGGCGGCGGCGGUCGCCGAUGCAAGCGCUGAUGUCUCCGCGACGCUGCUGCCGCAGACAAUGAAGAAGAAGAGGAAUCUUCCUGGAACUCCAGACCCGAACGCCGAGGUGGUCGCGUUGUCGCCGAAGACGCUGAUGGCGACGAACCGGUUCGUGUGCGAGAUCUGCCACAAGGGGUUUCAGCGGGACCAGAACCUGCAGCUGCACCGGCGGGGGCACAACCUGCCGUGGAAGCUCCGGCAGCGGAGCAGCAGCGAGGUGGUGAGGAAGAGGGUGUACGUGUGCCCGGAGCCGGCGUGCGUGCACCACGACCCCGGCCGGGCCCUCGGCGACCUCACCGGAAUCAAGAAGCACUUCUGCCGGAAGCACGGCGAGAAGAAGUGGAAGUGCGACAAGUGCGCCAAGAAGUACGCGGUGCAGUCGGACUGGAAGGCGCACGCCAAGAUCUGCGGCACCAGGGAGUACAAGUGCGAUUGCGGCACCAUCUUCGCCAGGAGGGACAGCUUCAUCACCCACCGGGCCUUCUGCGACGCGUUGGCCCAGGAGAAUGCCAACAAGCUGAACCAGCCACUCAUGGCCACCAUGGCGUCCAACCUUCAAGCCCAGGCCUCCACCCGCAUGACCCUUAAGCCUCCCCACCUCUCCGCCGACCUUCCCGCCUACUUCCCCCGCGACUCCAAGGGCAACUCGCCGGAGCUCGGGUCGCUCGCCGACCAAUUCAUUCCCCCACCCGCCGACAUGGCCGCCGGCAUGAUCUCCAGCUUCCUGCCCAACCUCCCCGGCGCUCCCUCCUCCCGCCUCCAGCCCGGGCCGGUGAGCUUCUGCGGGCUGGACGCGACCGCGUUCCCGAAGCCUCCGUCGGAGUCCUUCGCCCACAUGUCGGCCACGGCGCUGCUGCAGAAGGCUGCCCAGAUGGGCGCCACGGUGGCCGGCGGGGGCAACAGGGGCGCCCUGGCGUCGAUGAUGGCGGGGCCGGACCGGAGGGCGUACGGCGGCCCUUUUAAGGCCCACGGGCCGUUCCAGCUCGGCCGCCAGCUCUUCGAUCCCUCGGUGAGUGAAGUGGUUGGAUUGGUCGCCGGCGACGGGUCGGCUCUGAAGCACAUGGCCCGCUGCGGGAGUGGAGAUGUGACGACGGUCGACUUCCUGGGACUCGAGGGAGAGAGACGAUUACACAUGCAGCAGCAGCAGCAGCAGCAGCUUAGGAGGAUGGAGACUCUGCACGGGCUGCAGCAGCAGCAGCAUCAUACUGAAAUGGAGAACGCUCUCUGGGAACUUUAAUCGAUCACAAACAACCAAAAUGCAGUGAAUUUGAAACACACUGUUGUUGUUGCUUGCUCAACAAAAAAAAGGGGCAGAUGGAUCUGUAAGUCUUGCCCAAAGGUCAUAAGAAUGUCCAUUAGUUGCAACCGAACACAAAAACCAAAAAGCUUUCACUCGAUUAGUUCA